AUCAGCUUUGAGACGUUUCUUUUGCGUGCUGAAGUUCUUUUCUCUUGCGCCCAGUUGAACAGCACUUUGCGGGGGCCGUCUGCAAGGUUUUCGUAGGGCAGCUCCUUCCAUCGUUGAGCGCCGCGGAUCCUGUCGGCUCAGCUUCGGUGGGCGGCUUUUGGGAGGGGGCCGAGGGCCAUGGCGCGGGGGAAGUGCACGCGCGAGGAUGGUCCGCGAAGAGACGAGGACCGCCGCGCCUCGCGUCGCCACGCCCUGGCCAUGGCGGAGCAGCAAGGCGCCGGCGCCCCGCUGAAGAUGAGGAUCGAGCAGCGGCGCGCUGCCAUGCAGGCGAGCAGCGGAGUCAUGCCCAACCCCUGCACUCCGGAGUUCGGGGAGGCACCCGCCACCCCACGCUCCCGUUCGCCCACUCCGGUGACGCCAGAAGAGAGGCGGCGCAAGAGCCGGCGCAUCACGUUCAGCGCACUCAAUGAUGCCCUGGAAGACGUGUGCACGGAGACGCAGAGUGCAGAAGUCGCCAGCAACAUUCAAGCUGCGCAGGAGUUGGUGAAGGCCAUGUUCGCCAAGCCUGUCCCGGAGUCGCAGCACCUGCGGGGUGCCAAGCGCUCGCUGGCGCGGAGCUCCAUCGACUCCAGCCGCGAGGCCAUGACAGAGCGCGCCAAGCAGCUCUGGGAGAAAGCCAAUUCGGACUCUGAGGAGGAGGCUACCCGGGACCGCGCCAUGCUGGCGACACCGGGCAGGUUCCGCCACCGGCGCAAGGGCGCCUUCCAAGAUCCCUGGGCCUCCCUGGCGCCCCGGAAGAGCAGUCCCAGCCGGUCCAAGCUGCCUCCGCCACCCAAGAGGCCGCCGCCCUGAUGCAGAGGAUCGGCGAGUGAGCUAUCCCUCCUGAAACAGCAGGAGAUGGCUGAUCGGUCCCGCCGGACCGGAUCUUCCGCGUUCGCCGCGGCUUUGGAUUGAAAUGGGUU